UCCCAUAGGCUAAGCAUGACGCGGGCCCUUAAAAGGUCAAACAUAGCUAAAUCCCAGUGUAAAAUAGCUAACCUCCGUCCAAGUGCUCCGAACACAGUCGGUAUGUCUGCGACUGAUAUGUCCGGUGUGCUGGAUAUCCUUCGGUUACUGUACCGGCACACGCAGACACUGGAGGAGUUUUCGGACAGCAUCGUGUUCAGAGAAGGACAGAAAGCAGCUCUCAUUGAGCAGACAGAUACAAACCGAUUCAAAUCUUUCGUUAGGAGUGUUUUUGUGUGCUUUGACAAGGAGCUACAGCAGGUAGCGAGCUGUAAACAGAUCUGCAGUCUGCCUGAACUACUGGCGUUUGUUCUCAACACUCUAAAAAGAAAAAGAAAAAGGAAUGUCUUGGCACAUGGCUAUAACUUUCAGACCCUGGCUCAGGAGGAUCGGGAUGCAGACUUCCUCAAAUUCCAAGGCGACGUAACACAGAGUGCUGCCUACAUCCACGGCAGUGACCUGUGGAAAAAAGUCACAAUGCGUCUGGGCACAGACAUCACGCAGUAUCUUCUGGAGAGCUGCUCUGUGUUUGUGGCAGUUCCUCCUUCGUGUGUUUUCCAGGUGUGCGGCCCUCCAGUCUAUGACAGGGUGUCCAUGACCAUGGCCUCGAGUGGGUUUUUUCUCCAGCCUGGAGUCAGGAAACAUAAUCGUACCAAGAUUGAGAGCUGUCGAGGGUCAGUGAGUUUGAAACAGAAACGCACAGUUGUGAAUCCUGCUGCAAGCAAGAAGAUGAAAAGAAGGAAUAAAGGAGGGAAAAAAGGGAAAAGAAAACGGGAAACUGGUGAAGAGGAGGAGGAGGUGGUUUGUUCAAGAAAGAGGCGGCGAGUAGCGUCUAUAGAACAUCAACAGGCGAUCCAACCAGUUGGCUCUGAAAAGGAAGGACAGGCUGUGCCUGUGGAAUCAGCACCGCCUGCAGCUUUAAAACAGCCUGUUGAUAUGCCAACAUUGGAGGGCGGUCCUAGUUGGAGAUCAGGGAUUUUCCCCCCUUUACCACCCUCGCAAUGUUUUAUCCGCACCCUGGGAUUCCUGUAUGGGGGCAGGGGCAUGCGUGGCUUUCUUCUUAACAGGAGGAAGAAGACUGCUCAUGGAUCCAGAAGGCUUCAAGGACAAGAUCUGGUAAGAAUAGUCUUCUUCGAGGGACUAGCGUAUUUGAAUGGAGUAGAGAGGAAGCCUAAAAAACUCCCCCGGAGGUUCUUUGGCAUGGUCCCCCUGUUUAGGCAGCUCUUACAACAACACAGGAGCUGUUCCUACACCAAAAUACUACAGAGGUUAUGUCCAUCAAUAGAGGAGAGCAAUGCAGGACAGGGAGAACUAAACUCACUCUUACCUCAGCACUGUGCACCGCACAGGGUGUACCUGUUUGUCCGGGAAUGCCUCUCUUCUGUGAUCCCGCAAGAACUGUGGGGCUCUGAUCAAAACCGGCUGCAUUUCUUUGCCAGGGUCAGGACUUUCUUGCGAAGUGGCAAGUUUGAGAGGCUCUCACUGGCUGAACUGAUGUGGAAGAUAAAGGUGAAUGACUGUGAUUGGUUGAAGAGGAGUAAAACAGGCUGUUUUCCACCCAGCGAGCUUGCGUAUCGGACACAGGUCCUGGGUCAGUUCUUGGCUUGGCUUCUGGAUGGAUAUGUUACAGGCCUUGUGAGAGCCUGUUUCUAUGCAACAGAGAGUAUUGGGCAAAAAAACGCCAUCAGGUUCUACAGGCAGGAAGUCUGGGCCAAACUGCAAGACUUGGCCUUCAGAGGUCACCUUUCCAAAGGCCAGAUGGAAGAGCUGACUCCAGCUCAGGUGGCAUCCCUGCCCAAAGGCACCGUCAUCUCCCGCCUUCGCUUUAUUCCCAAGACUGAUGGCAUGAGGCCCAUCACACGAGUCAUAGGAGCAGAUGCCAAAACAAGGCUCUACCGAGGCCGUGUCAGGGACUUGCUGGAUAUGCUGCGGGCCUGUGUGCGUGCCACUCCAUCACUGCUGGGGUCCACAGUGUGGGGGAUGACUGACAUCCACAAGGUUUUGUGCUCUUUGGCACCAGCGCAGAAGGAAAAACCACAACCCCUCUAUUUUGUUAAGGUGGACGUGAGUGGAGCCUAUGAGAGUUUGCCGCAUGACAAACUCAUAGAGGUGAUUGGCCAAGCCCUGUCACCUGUCCACGAUGAACUCUUUACCAUCCGCCGCUAUGCCAAGAUCUGGGCGGACUCCCACGAAGGCCUGAAAAAGGCCUUUGUCAGACAGGCAGAUUUCCUGGAGGAUAACAUGGGAUCCACCAACAUGAAGGGCUUUUUGACGUCACUGCAGAGAAAAGGCAAAGUUCAUCACGCCAUCCUGGUUGAGCAGCACUUUUGCUCAGAUCUUCAUGGCAGAGAGGCAUUGCAGUUCUUUACCCAAAUGCUAACUGGCAGUGUUGUUCAGUAUGGGAAAAAGACGUACCGUCAGUGCCGGGGGAUUCCUCAGGGAUCGGUUGUGUCUAGUCUGCUCUGCUGCCUUUGCUACGGCCACAUGGAGAAUCUCCUGUUUAAAGAUAUUCCUGGACACAAAGGGUGUUUGAUGAGACUGGUGGAUGACUUCCUUCUGAUCACACCAGACCAACAUGAAGCACAAGCUUUUCUCAAGAUCUUGCUGGCCGGAGUGCCACAGUAUGGUCUGGCGGUCAACCCGCAGAAGGUGGUUUUGAACUUUCAGGUAUUGGGAAGCAUGGCCUCCUGUCCCGACAUUCGCAUCCUGCCCCCUCACUGCCUCUUCCCCUGGUGUGGACUGCUGCUGGACACCCACAAGCUGGACGUCUAUAAAGACUAUUCCAGCUAUGCUGGACUGUCUCUGCGCUACAGCCUUACUCUGGGUUCAUCCCACUCUGCAGGACAGCAGAUGAAAAGGAAACUAAUGGCUAUCCUCAGGCUCAAGUGUCAUGCCCUGUUCUUCGACUUGAAGACUAAUUCUCUUGAAGCGGUCUACAAGAACAUCUACAAGCUGGUGCUGCUGCAUGCGUGCAGGUUUCACGUCUGUGCCCAAAGCUUGCCCUUUGGUCAGACCGUUUCCAAGAACCCCGUCUUCUUUCUGCAGUUGAUAUGGGAGAUGGCCCAGUACUGCAACAAGCUCAUCAGACGCAGCAACAAAGGACUGAUUUUAGGUGAUAAGGCCCAGACGGGGAUCGUGCAGUACGAAGCAGUGGAGCUGCUUUUCUGUCUGUGCUUCUUGCUGGUGCUGUCACAACACCGUCUUCUCUAUAAAGAUCUGCUCGCACACUUGCACAAGCGAAAGCGCAGUCUGGAGCGGCGUCUGGGGGACCUGAGGCUGGCCAGGGUGCGGCAGGCUGCUAGCCCCAGGACUCCAGUCGACUUCUUGGCCAUUCAGACAUAAAUUACUAUUCCCAGUCCCAGUUUCCAACAUGACCGCAGAACAACACUGGGAGAUUAAAGGUAUGGAUUAAUCUAGAUUCCCUCCCCUUUUUGUUAAAAACAUAUUAAAAGCCUUUUUUUUUUUUUCUUUUGCUUUGUUUAAUUCUUAAGUUGUAAGUGUUUUAACAAUAUAUAUCACCCCCCCCC